AUGGCUAAGAGGAAAUCAUUAGAAAAAGAGGAGAACAAUGAAGAAUGGAGCUUUGGUCUCGACUCGUAUUCGAUCAAAUUCCUUAGUAGAAUCUCGAUUUUUGUUGUUCUUCUUGUGAUACUAUUCGUUUGGUGUUCCUCGUCGAUUAUUAUAUCGAGCUCAACUUUAAAUCUUUGUGUGUUGUCUUGGAAAUUGUAUAAUUCGUCUUCUGUUUCUAUUGGUUCUUCGAGAAGCACCUAUGAUAAGCCUAUUUCUUUGAUCAACAAGACUCACUUAUCAGAUAGUGAGUUUACAAGACCGAUGCUUGGGAAAGGUGUCGACAAGGCCAAGGUAGAAGAGAUGGUGAAAUCGAGAAAAGGUAUUGAGGAGAAAGUAGUCGUUCUCAAAUCAUAUGUUGCAAACUCAAAAGCUAACGAUUGUGAGGGUCGAGGGAUAUAUGUGUAUGAUUUACCAUCGAAGUUUAAUAAAGAUUUGGUCGAUAAGUGUAACGAGAUGAUGCCUUGGUUGAACUUUUGUCGAUACUUGAGUAACGAUGCAAUGGGUGAACCGAUACAAGGGCUAGGGAACGGAUGGUACAACACCCACCAAUUUUCAUCAGAACCGAUUUUUCAUAAGCGUGUGCUGGUGCAUCCUUGCAGGGUGUAUGAUCAAGAACAAGCCAAGGUUUUUUAUGUGCCAUUUUAUGGUGCAUUGGAUAUGAUAAAGUGUCAUUUUAGUAAAGAUGAUAGUGAAUUGAAAAAUGCACAUGUUCUUUCUAAGGAAAUCGUCGAGUGGCUCGAGCAAAAGAAGACGUGGAGGAGAAACUCCGGGUUGGAUCAUGUGUUUGUGUUGGGGAAAAUCACUUGGGAUUUUCGGAGGAAGGCGAAUGUGCCUUGGGGUAGUCCUUUGUUGGAGCUCGAUGAGCUCCAAAACCCGAUUAAGCUCUUGAUCGAACGACAACCAUGGUAUAUAAACGAGGUGGGAGUUCCCUACCCGACCUACUUUCACCCAAAAUCGGAUGAGGAAAUCAUAGCCUGGCAGGCGGAAAUCAGGCAGGCAGACCGAAGAAAUCUAGUUAGUUUCGCGGGGACACCACAUAAGCAAUGGGAAAACGUUAGAUCGAUUUUGAUCAAGCAAUGCACGUAUGCCCCAAACGAGUGCAAGUUCGUAAAUUGUGGUGGAGAAUCAUGUGUUGAAUCUUCCCCUGUAGUGAAACUCUUUAUGGAGUCAGAGUUUUGCCUUCAGCCACCCGGGGAUAGUCCUACGAGAAAAUCGAUGUUUGAUGCACUCGUUGUAGGGUGUAUUCCGGUUGUUUUCGACCCUUUAACAGCACACUAUCAAUAUCCAUGGCAUUUUCCUGAGGAUCAUAGGAAGUAUUCUGUGUUUAUAGAGCAAGAAGAGGUGAGAAUAUCUAAAGUGAAUGUGAUAAAGGAGCUUGUGAAAGUUCCUUUGAAAAAGAGGGAAGAAAUGAGGAAGUAUAUCAUAGAUGAAUUGAUGCCUAGGUUGGUUUAUGCACAUCAAGCUGCUAAAUUGGAGAAAUUUGAAGAUGCAAUUACUAUAGCUUUGAAUAAUGUACUUGAAAUGGGUCUUAGAAGGGUACAAGUUUAG